ACAGGUGCAAUUUUUCCAUUCGCUUCCUUUAGUGUCUUGUGUAAACUUGUUACAAGUCAAAAAAAUUAAUAAAAAAUGGGUGCCAUUUGGGUCAAAUAUUUUAAAGACGAAGACGUCGUACUGGAACGGGAAUACGCUUGCCUUUCGAUGCUUUUAAGGAAGCUGACUCCAGACGAGCUGCUCUUGUACGCUCUUGAAGACCCCGAAAUUUACGAAGCUUGUAAACGGCAUGACGACCUGAGAUACUUUUGCAUGGCUGCUGCUGUGAAAAGGUACAACAUCGAGAAAUUUUUCUACGAGGAGGUGGCCAACAGAAGUGCGGAUUUCAUGGUUUUGCUGGACACUUUCGUCCAAAUCCAAGCUGCCAUUGAGCACCAAGAAGCGGAGAAGACUCAGUGCGGCUACUUCCCCUGCGUACUCUUCCGCAGGAAGAACCGGGAACGGGGUGCCGCCAAAAAUGAAUAGACCGGCAGAGAACCAAAAAUGUAAUUCUAUACAAAAUGUGCAUUAUCAACGGUCUAUAAAUAAAAGAAGUUGCAUUUA